AUGGACAUUGGAAUGCUUCUGGACAUGGAGAAUUUCACCGGAUCCAUUUCGCCUGCCGUGCAUUCGUCUGCGAGUAUCACAUCUCUGAACUCCAACGAAAAUAUCUCGGCGAGGGCUCUGGAAGUACCCAGGACUCCAAGAGCGCAUUUGCUUUCCAUGACUAACAUCAACGAACCUCUCAACCAUUCUCAAUGGGACAAUCAGAUUCAGCCCAUGAAGCAAUGGUCGCAGUUCGGUCAAUAUCAGUACGCCUCUCCUCAGGGCAUGAAAACCAUUUCACCUUUGAAUCCUUCUUGUUCCACCCCUGCGUCUCUUCGUCAGGAUACAGUUUCCUGCACUACUACUCGCUCGUCCUUCCCAGCCAACACUGGAAUUUAUGAUGGCAAAAGCCAGUUUUCAUCACCUGCCCAAUCGCGAGAGGAUAUCCAAUGGCAAAUGUAUCUCACAGCUUCGCUAUCGAAUCCGCUGAAUACUCUUGAGUUUGCGGAGUCUCAUAGCUCGCCUAUGUUGUAUCCUUCAGAUAUGCAAGGUCAGGGAGGAAUUGCUCCCUCAUUCCAGAUUGAUUCUUCUUUAUUUCCCCAACCGAACAGCCUUGCGUUUCCUUCCAGCCAAAACACAGAUAUAUUCAAUUCCAUUCCAUUCAUUGACAGUCCUCCUCGCAUAUCUGCGGGCUUUCGCUCCUCACAUGAGUUGUUAUCGGCGCAGAGGCCUGAUAAUCCAGCAAUCAUUGGAGCAUCUGCCUCUCAAGUUACUCCAGCUCGUAGUGGGGAUGUACCCACAAUGAACCCAAAUGGAUCCUACGCAUCACUUCUCGGUUUUACUCCGCUUUCAGAAUUCACUUUUAACCCUAGUACGUUCACUCCUCCUGGAGGCCUACGCGACGAUGUACCAACCAUGACAUUGUCUUCUCCUUCAAACUCGUCACCUUCCCGUGGUCGUCCUCAAACUCGUGCCCCUCGUUCUUCUGAUACCAAACGGCAAGGUGGUUUAUCUGGUUGGGAUAAUAGUUGUAGCGUUGCGACGCCUUCUACGGUUUCUUUGACACAGAAAAAACGGCGCCGGUCGACGUCAACCUCUCCAAGCGUGGCUAUUAGACGACCGUAUGGACUCUCUCCGCUAUCUCUUUCUAACAGUUCCAACAGCGAGGCUACAUCCUCGGCACAUCAACCUAAGAGACGGCGGCAGUUCACAUCACUCACCACGUCAUCUCGCAUCGUAGAGACUGAGGAAAUUGCGAGCGACGAUGAUAUUGAUAACGCUGUCGACGACAACGAAUCGGACGACUAUCGUCCCUCUCGAUCACCAUCUCCAGAUCUUCCUUUCGGCCACAACUUCGCCCUUGAAUUUGAACUCCAGGGAUCCAAGCAGCGCCAGAGCAAAGCGGAUUCGGUGACUGCUUCUCCCUCUAAGAAAAAAUCGAGGCGGGGUAAAGGCAAAGCAAAAGGGAGCGCCGCCCUCGCCCUCGCCGUCGUUACUCAGCUUGGCUCGAAGGGAGUUAGCGGUGGCUCCAGCGAGCAGCUCAGCCUAGACUUGGAUGACUUGGACGUCAUGACACUGUAUCAGGAAGGUAAAACCGGCAUCCGUAAGAGGAAGAACAAUCCAAUUCCCUUACCCAUCCCCGUUCCAAACCUCAACAAGAAGAGCCGCGGAAGGAAGGUUCCUUUCGUGGCAGAUCUCACUGCAGGUGGGAUACGUAGGUCGGCAAGUGUCAUGUCAGGCGAUAACACCAAUGACGAGUAUUAUGCUGGAGACGACGGUGAGAAUGGCAGGGAUAAUGGUUCAGGGGGCACAGCGAGGUCAAGGAACUUACGGAAGUCCACCACACCCGCCCCCGUGGUGGAUGAGAGUGGCUGUAGGACCCCAUCACUGUCCAUACGAGGGCUGUGA